GUUGCAUUUCACUCUUCCAUAGUUGGUACAAAGGUUGUAAAUGGCUUUAGCAAAGCAUUCAGGGUUUGCGGCCGAUUUCUGCUGUCGCACAAGAAUCAGGGAGUCAUGGAAAACCAGGCAAUAAUUGAGUGAUGCAGAAAAAUGAAACCAGACACUGAACCGGGAGGUGGAAGGGCCAUGACUGAAACGUCAGUUUGUGUCGGCACGUUUACAGCUGUUAAGGCACUUUGGGAAGUCAGGAUCCAGAAAAUCAGUGAAGAGCUUCGAAAGCAAAAGGCAUUCACUCAGAGGUCUGCAGAGAGGCUGACGCUUGUUUGGGAAGAGAGAGUCAGUUUGGCCAAGCUCAAAGAAAAAGUUAUCACAGAAGACGGAAGGGCUGUUUUAAAGAUUGAACAGGAAGAAUGGAAGACUCUGCCUUCCUGCUUACUGAAACUGAACCACCUCCAGGAAUGGCAGCUUCACAGAACUGGUUUGGUUAAAAUCCCUCAAUUCAUCGGUCGCUUUCAGAGUCUCAUUGUUCUAGAUCUGUCUCGAAAUUCCAUUGCAGAAAUUCCUAGGGAAAUCGGCCAGUUGUCAAAUCUCCAAGAGCUGAUCCUCAGUUACAAUAAAAUUAAAUCCGUUCCUAAAGAGCUAAGCAACUGUGUCAGCUUAGAAAGACUGGAGCUGGCAGUGAACAGAGACAUCUGUGACCUUCCCCAUCAGCUCAGCAACAUGAAGAAGCUUUAUCACCUAGACCUGAGUAUGAAUCAGUUCACCACCUUCCCAUCAGUCAUCCUGGAUAUGCCAAACCUGGAAUGGUUAGACUUGGGGAGCAACAAAAUUACAGAAAUCCCUGGGGAUCUGGACAGAGCUGAAAACCUACAUACUUUGUGGCUCCAAAGGAAUGAAAUAACUCAUUUACCCGAAUCCAUUCGUAACCUGAAAAAUCUGAGCACGCUUGUCCUUACCAGCAACAAGCUCCAAGAUAUUCCUGCCUGCCUAAAGGACAUGACGGAGCUGAGAUUCGUCAACUUCAGAGACAAUCCACUGAAGCUGGAGGUAACAUUACCCCCUUGUGAGAAUCCUGAAGAAGAAGAAGAACAGGAACUGUAUGGCAUUCAGUUCAUGCAUGCAUACAUUCAGGAGUCACUCAGCAGAAAAGAAAACAUGGAAAGUGGUAUGCUAGCUGGUGCUGCUGUCAAUGAAAAGUAAAAAGAAAAUCUUUGCCAGUCUGAGUUUUCACUGUUACUAGAAGUUCACAAGAAUAUGUCUUCCAAACAAAGGCGUUCUCUCGGUGAAGAAGACUAAGUUGGUGUUUCCUUUCUUCUGGUUCCAGAGGAGGCUAUAAAAACCAAUAGCUAUUUGGUAAGCUCUAUACUGGAUGUUAGAAAAGGAGACAUGUUCUGAAGAUGGUGUGUCCAGUUUUUUCUAAAGUCCUCUCGCUUUUAAGCAGUUGAGGGGGUUAAUGAAGACUGACAUGGCACAGCUGUCAAGAGUACAUUUUCUAAGGAAACGCUGAGAUCUGUAUAGUGCUGCAACACAGCUUCAUACCCUCUCUGCUGUAAAUAUUCGAUCCGACCAUGAUCAAUCAACAGUUUGCAAAGCUGACCUAUCUGCUUUCGGUCCUCAGUGGUUAACAGCCUAAAAGCAGAAGGAAAAAUGUUUUAAAUACAGCAACUAUAACAUCUCAAGGAGACAUCAGAUUUAGAGCACUACAAUGCAAACAGGUGGCUUAAGAGUUCCUUAAAAGUCAUACAGUACCUUAAAGACCAACAAAUUUAUGUUUGUGUAAGCUUUCAUGGACUGGGAUCUACUUUAAAAUCUUGCAGGUUGUAACAAAUUACAAAAUACACUUUGGAAGGGAAAAUAAUAUUCCUAAUUUACAUAUCUGAAAGAAUAGCAAAUGCAUAAAGUUAAAACCUAUUUAUUCCAAUAACCUGUUGUGCUGAAAAGUAUCACGUACCCUUGCAGGCUAUCCAAAUUGUAUUCAAUACAUCUAUCAUCUUGGUCAUGUUCUUCUGCUUUGUUGCUUUGUUCAUCAUUCUCUGUAUGAGUUGCAUAGCUUUUCCUUGCAGUUUCUCUCAUGCCACAAGUGGCCCAACUUGUCAUCCUUUUAAAAUAAUUGAAUUCCAUCGCCCCAAGUCCUACUUUUGUGAAAAAGUCUUGGCCUACGUAAUGCUUCCAGUCACAUCUAUGAUGGCAACACAGAGCAAUAACAACUCCAGCCACAGGGCUCCAGCUGUCUGCUAUAGGCUUGCCAUGCGAUUCACCAGAAUUAUUAGAAGUUAUGUUGCUUUCAUUGCUCUUAAAGCGUUUAGGUGCAGGGCUCUCCUUUUCACCUUCGCAGAGUUUUGCGUAUGUUUCGACUAAGCAUCUCAAAGCAAGAUCUGUGAACACAAAAGUACUGUUUGAAUUGUGACUGCUUCAAAGAGCAAUAGAAAUAAUGUAUAACUUAUAGCAUUUAUGUCAUCUUGGUCAUGUUCUUCCGAUGUCUGGACCAUCUUUUCACCUGAUUCCAUCCACAACAGUUUAAAAAACAUGGUUCGUUAACAGAUGUACCAUAUUUAUGGUGCAACAUUUUCAAGCUAUAUUCUUUCUUAGCGGCCCAACUUUGUGCUCAGUUUGAGUUCAAUAGGACUCAACUCCCAAGUUAAGUGUAGGGAGGCUUGCAGCUUAACAAGUACAAUUAUUUAUGAAAGGGUUUGGUAAGUUCUAUUAACUUGCCUUAAAUUCCUUUAUUUUGUUACCUUAUCAGUGUUUCCCAAACUUGGGUCUCCAGCUGUUUUUGGACUACAACUCUCACCAUCCCUAGUGAGCAAGAAAGGAAUAAUGGGAAUUGUAGUUCGAAAACAGGUGGAGUCCCAAGUUUGGGAAACAAGGCCUUACAUUACAUUUCCGUGAAUAUUUUUAAGCAGAUCCAACGUGUUCAGCUAUAUACCAAGGAGAGACAAUGAAAUAAUGAUACUCAGAAUAAAGUCAAAGCCUGUGUCAAGCAAUUGACCCUUUGGGCUUGUGUGAUUUUAAUCAGUGAUAGCUUCUCACUGUAUAGUUCAUUCACCUCUCUCUUUACCAACUAAUACGGUCUUGUGCUGUUUGUACCUGUUGCCGCACCACAAACAUGUUUUCCAAUUCCUAUCACAGGCAGCUUCUCUUUCAUAAGAACGGGGACCUUAUCUGAAAAAGAGAACCCCAGCCAGCAUGUUUCUGACAAACGUGCAUCAAGCAAUCAGAAGAAAAUGAAAACAGAAAAUCGUAUGCUUUUACAUACGAAUUACAUGUUAGUCCAGCCACAGAGCAGCCAGAGACACUGUGAUGAAAGGUUUUUAAAAGAAAGAUUAC